AUGAGAAAUUUAUUACUCUUAGUAUUAAUUUCUGUUUGUUUAGCUGUCCCAGCUUUAUCAUUCAACAGAGAUUCAAACUGGAUCCAACACAACAGAGCUGGCAAACAUGAAAUUGUCAACUUCCAUGUUGCUCUUAACCAAAGAAACCUCGAUGUCCUCGAAUCCACUUUAUUAGAUGUUUCAAACCCAGAAUCACCAAACUACGGUAAAUAUUGGGAUAUGGAAUCAGUCCUUGCUUUAGUUGCCCCAGAACAAUCAGUUGUCGAUCAAGUUGCUCAAUUCUUAAGAAACAGCGGUUGUCAAUCAAUUGAAGUUCACAGUGAUUUCAUCAAAGCCUCUGCUCCAGUCUCAGCUGUUGAAAAAAUGUUCUCUGUUGAUAUGUUCAACUACAAACAUGCCCACAAAGCUGGUCAAACUUUAGUUCGUUCAAAACAAACCUACACCCUUCCAAAAGAAAUCAGAGAACACGUCCACAUUGUCACUGGUCUUUCUGAAUUACCACACUUAAAGAAUGGUCCAAAAGCCCACAAAUUAAACACCAAAGCCUCACCAUCAUCAGAUCCAGGUAUUGUUGUCCCAGCCACCAUUCAAGGUUUAUAUGGUAUCCCAACUGGUUACAAUAACCACAAAAAUACCUCACUCUGUUUAGCUGAAUUCUCAGACGAUCGUUCAUACAAUCCAAAAGAUUUAAAUACUUUUGCCUCUAAAACCGGUACUCCAUUAAUCAAUGUUGUUAAAAACGUUGGUCCAUUCCAACCAACUAACCCAGAUUUAGAAUCAACUUUAGAUGUUCAAUAUGGUGGUGCUAUUGCCGAAACUGCUCAAGUUUGGUUCUGGACCGUCGAUGGUUGGAUGUUCGAAUUCUCAUCAGCUCUUGCUGAACAAUACCCAGCUCCAUACAUUGUCUCAAUGUCAUGGGGUUGGCCAGAACCAUUACAAUGCGAAAGCGGUAUUGGUAACUGCCAAAACGGUGAAACCUCAGAACAAUACGUCGAUCGUGUUAACACUGAAUUCCAAAAGAUCGGUUUACGUGGUAUCACUUUAUUAGCCGCCUCAGGUGAUCAAGGUGCCCCAGGUGACAACAAUCCAUCAUGUAACAACAAAAACAAACCAAUUUCAACCAUUUUCCCAGGUGCCUCACCAUGGGUUACUUCAGUUGGUGCUACUAUGUUAUCAGCCCCAUCAUCAUCAGCAAGCGGUGACAACAGCGAUAUCCCAGUUUGCGGUAUCCACCACUGUGCCACCUCAACCUCCGAACUCGUCUGUUCAUACCCAGCUGCUCUUAUUACUACUGGUGGUGGUUUCUCAGACUACAGCCCACGUCCAUCAUGGCAAUCAAGUGUCGUUGAAACCUACUUAAACUCAGGUGUUGCUUUACCAGCUUCAAACUUCUUCAACUCAUCAAACAGAGGUUUCCCAGAUGUCUCUGCUUUAGGUCACAACUACUACGUCGUUGCUGGUGAUCAAAUGCAAGUUGUCGAUGGUACUUCAUGUUCAUCACCAGUCUUUGGUGCUAUCGUUGCUUUAUUAAACAGCUACCGUUUCAACAACAACAAAUCACCACUCGGUUUCAUUAACCCAGUCCUCUACGCUGCUGCCGCCUCAAACAAUAACGCCUUCACUGAUAUCACCACUGGUGACAAUAAAUGUACUGAAGCCUGUUGCGCUAAAACUGGUUAUUUAGCCACCAAAGGUUGGGAUCCAGUUACUGGUUUAGGUACUCCAAACUUCAAAGGUUUAUUAGCUUACGUUCAAACCCUCCAAUAA